CUUCCCAAGCAUCUCAACAACUGUGGAAGUGUGACUUAAUAAGACGAGAGAUCCAGUGAAAAAUCUUGUUUUGUGUGUACAUUAUUGCAGUAAUCGUAUAUUCAGGUUAAGGGGAAUGCGGAAUUAACAAUGGAGAUUCCUGCAGAGUAUGGUUACUGUGUACUGGCUGCAGUCUUAUCAAUAUUUGUGGUUGCAUGGAAGUCAAUACAGGUAGGGAAAGCCCGCAAAAAGUACAAUGUACCAUAUCCAAAAAUGUACUCGGAUGACAAUAUUUUCAACUGCAUCCAACGAGCACAUCAGAACACACUUGAAAACUACUCUUUAUUCCUAGUACUUUUACUGAUUGGUGGUCUUUACCACCCUGUUGUCUGCGCUGUUUCUGGAGUUGUAUUUUGUGCUGCUCGUGUCUCCUAUGCUCUUGGCUAUUAUACAGGCGAUCCUCAGAAAAGGAUGAAUGGAGGCUAUGGGAACUUUGCCUUGCUGGCUCUCCUCUACUCGACACUGAGAUUUGCUACAGCGCAGUUAGGCUGGUUCUAAGACUACAGCUGACAGAGAUUCAGGAUGACUUUACAAUUAUGAUGUGCAGGAGUGUACUGAAGGGGACUGUGGGAAGUGCUGUAACAACCUAAUGCUCAUAGCUUUGUUUGUCAAUUAUAGGCCUGCAACUUUAUUAAGAAUGUAGAGGCCUAUAA